CUUUUACUUCCUUGUACACACAGAUAGAGGAACUGACCGUUUUGCGGCUGGCCUUUUUGUCAACACUCUACAUCCUCUCCGGCUUCAUUUCAUAACUUUCAAACCAUGAUUAGAUAGAAAAACAAGAGGUAACUUUGUGGAGCUGAAAAGAAUCGAACUCACUUGUAAGAGAUGGCUUGUUCGGGGCAGCAGGGCGAGAUGACGGAGUACAAGAAGAUUCUGAUCAAACGGGACCUGGAGAUGGGUGUGGUCAUGACGGUGUUUCGGCAGAAAUCGGAGCGGCUCACUGUACAAGUCAUCAUGGAGACCCGCCAGGUGGCAUGGACACGCACUGCAGACAAGACUGAUGGUGUCUUGGACCUGUUUGAGAUCAGAGAGAUUCGUCCUGGGAGGAACUCCAAGGAUUUUGAGCGCUUCAAAGACGGCAAAGACAAACACGAUGAGAACACGUGCUUCACGAUCUUCUACGGCUCCCAGUUUGUCCUCAACACCCUCAGCCUGGGAGCUGAUUCUGUGGAGGAGGCUCAGAAAUGGCUGCUAGGACUAGAACUGCUGAGGCAAGAGACAGUGGCAGCUCCGACUCCGGUUCUUAUAGAGAGUUGGCUGAGGAAGCAGAUGUAUUCUGUCAAUCAGACCAAAACAAACAGCAUCUCCAUGAAGGAGCUGAAGGCUCUGCUUCCUUUGCUCAACUACAAGGCUCCCAGCUCUCGUGUUCUCAAAGACAAAUUCCUGGAAGUGGGAGCGAAGAAAGAUCGCCUGGACUUUGAGCAGUUCCAUAAAUUGUACAACCUCAUAAUGUUUGAACAGAAUGAGAUCCUUGAUGAGUUCAAAAAGGAAUCAUGUGCUUUUAUUCUGGGUAACACAGAUAAACCAGACGCCUCAGCAGUUCUGCUCCACGACUUCCAACGAUUCCUCAUCUACCAGCAAAAGGAAUCCUGGGCCAGUGAUCUGAACCAGGUCAGAGAACUGAUGACCACCUUCAUUGACGACACCAUGAGAAAAACCAACGACCCCGAGUUCACCGUCAGCGAGUUCCUCAGCUUCCUGUUCUCCAAGGAGAACUCUGUUUGGGAUGAGAAGGUCUCAGAGAUCAGCAACCUGGACAUGAACAACCCUCUGUCCCAUUACUGGAUCAGCUCCUCACACAACACUUACCUGACAGGUGAUCAGCUCCGCAGCGAGUCGUCCACGGAGGCUUAUGUGCGCUGUCUGCGUCUGGGAUGCCGCUGUGUAGAACUGGACUGCUGGGAAGGGCCCGGGGAGCCAAUCAUCUACCAUGGCUGGACCAGAACCACCAAGAUCAAGUUUGAGGACGUGGUCAAAGCCAUUAAUGAUCACGCCUUCGUCACCUCAGACUUCCCAGUGAUUCUGUCCAUAGAGGAGCACUGUCCUUUAGAUCAGCAGCGUCAGAUGGCUCGCAUCUUCAAAGAAGUGUUUGGAAAUAAACUGCUGACUGAACCUGUGGAGCAAAUGGCUGAGCAGCUGCCUUCACCUACACAGCUGAAGGGCAAGAUCAUACUCAAGCACAAGAAGCUCUGUGUGGAGGGAGGCGGGAUCAGCAAAGACUUGAGGAAGGGACAGAAACAGGGAGACCUGGAGAUCUGGGACCCUGUGGACAAGCGGUGGAACAAGCACUACUGUGUGAUCUGUGAUGACAAGCUGUACUACGCAGAGGAGGACGAGGAGCAGGAGGAAGAUCCCAGGAAGUACCAGGACCUGCACUGCUCAGAGCCGUGGUUUCACGGUCGCAUGAAUGAGGGCAGGCUGAUGGCUGAGCGAUUAAUCCACGAUUACUGCGCAGAGACCGGGGGAAGAGACGGCACCUUCCUGGUCCGAGAGAGCGACACCUAUGUCACAGACUUCACCCUCUCCUUCUGGCGCAGUGGGAGGGUCCAGCACUGUCGUAUUCGCUCGGGUUCAGACGGGGGACACACUUACUUCUACCUGACGCCAAACCUGCACUUUCCCAGCGUGUACACCCUGAUCCAGCACUACAGAGACAACCCGCUGCGCUGCCAAGACUUCGAGCUGCGCCUCACUGACGCUGUGCCACAGCCUAACCCGCAUCUACAAGAAGGGUGGUUCUAUAGUAACCUGAGCAGAGGUCAGGCGGAGGAUUACCUGCUGAGGAUUCCCAGAGAUGGAGCUUUCCUCAUCCGUCAGAGAGAAGGAGAACAAGACUCCUACGCCAUCACGUUCAGAGGUGAUGGUAAGGUGAAGCACUGCCGGAUCCAGAAAGAGGGCAACAUGUACCUGCUGGGCACCACUACAGAGUUUGAGAGCCUGGUGGAGCUGGUCAACUACUUCAGGAAGAAGCCGCUGUAUCGCAAGAUCAAGCUACGUUACCCAGUCACCCCUGAGCUGGUUGACUGCUUCAGCACAGAGAAAGACUGUGCCUCUCUGUACGAGAUGAAGACAUACGUGGAACCCAACGAAAUUGAGCCCUCACUGCCUCAAAGUACAGUCAAGGCUUUAUAUAGCUACCAGGCUGUACGGCCAGAUGAGCUCAGCUUCAGUAAAGGAGCUUUGAUACACAAUGUAACAAAGGGGAACAAUGGAUGGUGGAAAGGUGACCAUGGUGGAAAGGUGCAACUGUUCUUCCCCUCAAACUAUGUAGAGGAAGUCUCCAACAACAGCCAACCUGACAACAAAGGACAGGACAUGGAAGACAACCCCCUAGGUGAACUAUGUAAGGGUGUCGUGGACAUCUCCAAGUGCAACAUCCAAAACUUGAAGAAUGGUAAAAAUGGGAAGCCACAUGUGUUGACCCUGCAGGAUACGGAACAGGACAGUCUGCAGUUUGACCUGGCAGCUGGCUCUGUGGAGGAGCUGUUUGAGUGGUACCAGGUGGCCUGGGACAUUACUCAGAGAGAGAUGAGCAAGCAGUACCACAGGGAACAAGAGAUGAGACAGCAGGUGGAAGUGGAAAAGAAGGCAGAAGUUGCCAUGGAGAUGUCGGACCUGGUGGUCUACUGUCAGCCACGCAGCAAGGAGAAGGACCGCUUUGACGGUUACAGCUACAAAGAGAUCCGCUCCUUCGUGGAGAACAAGACGCCAGGAAAGAGUCGCACCAGGGAGUUCCUGCAGUACAACCGCAAGGCUCUGAGUCGUAUCUACCCAAAAGGGCAGCGUGUGGAGUCGUCCAACUACGACCCUUACCCACUGUGGGGCGUUGGCUGUCACAUGGUGGCUCUCAACUUCCAGACUGCAGAUAAAUACACCCAGCUGAACAGCGCCCUCUUCAGUCUGAACGGACGGACGGGCUACGUGCUGCAGCCCGAGCUCAUGCGCUAUGAUACCUACGACCCUCACCAGGAGAAGAAGAUCAAGUACAACAUUGUGGUUCGGGUGAUCGCUGCCAGACACCUUCCUAAGCCCGGCCGCAGCAUCGCCAGUCCGUUUGUUGAGAUCGAGUUAUGUGGAAACACGGAGGAGAAGUCCAAGACCGUCGUCUAUCGUGAUAACGGUCUGAACCCGGUCUGGAAAGCCCCAGCAGAGCCUGUGGUCUUCACCGUAUACGAGCCUGAGCUAACCUUCCUGCGCUUUGUGGUCAACGAGGAGGACAUGUUCUCAGACCCCAACUUCCUGGCUCAGGCCACAUUUCCUGUCAAAGGCAUCCGCUCAGGUUUUCGCUCCGUGCCUCUAAAGAACGGCUACAGUGAAAACUUAGAGUUAGCCUCUCUACUGGUCUACAUCAAUGUACAGCAAGCAGGGAAAGCAGAGGAGGAGCUGUACUCGUCUUCAAGCCAGCUGAGGAAAAAGCAGGCUGAGGUCAGCAGUGAACCUUUCCUGUACGACACUCACGCCAACAUUCAGCGCUCCGCCGUCCCUCGCCAACACAACAGCCUCACGAGAGAGUUCAGCACCAGCGAGAAACACAGGACAAAGGAAAAGAAGAUAAACAACAGUAAGUUCUACUCCUGAGGACUCAACAGAACCUCACCUGUCGGCGCCAGAAGGAUUUGUGAUCUUGGCAGUUCAGAGUUUUCCAAUAGUGACAUUUCAUAAUUUUUCAUUUCAUACCAAAAAUGACACGUGUCCAAUGUUCCCCCAAGCAGUUUUCUAUUUAUUUAAGAUUUUUAAAAAAUAAAUGUGGUGUCAACAUUUUCUGAAAUAUGGAAAUAUUGGAACAUGUUAAUGUUAUUCUCAGGGUUCUUUCUGUAAAAGCCUUCUGGGAAAUGUAGGAAACUAAUAACGAGGACGGGUUGAGGCAGGUAUAGGGAAGGUGAAUUGUAUAUUUGCUGUGAGGAGUCCCCACAGACAGCCAGUGUAGUGCUUAAUAACUGUGCAUUCAGUCUGUAAUCAAACUGCAACACUGAUGCUUGGAUGGUAUUUAUUUUUACUAUGAGUGUUCGCUAACCGUGAUAACAGUUUCACUGUUUCAUGCAGGACGGAACUUUGUUCUUCUGUCAGGGGAGCUUGAGUUUUUUUUUUUCAACAACAUUUCAAAUGUUAAUGAAUGUGAAAACAAAGAAAAAAAACUGAUGUGUGGCACACAGGCUGCUGUGAGUCUGAUGACAUGGAAAGGUUGAUUUUGCUGUGUAGUUUCACCAGUGACGUUGUUUUAUCUGUGUGGUUUACGUUGUGUCUUUGAAAGUGAAGUCAGGUUAAUGAAAACAAGCAACUUAAUCCAACGUAAUGAGAACAUGUCAUGUAUUUAAUUUGAAGGCAUUUCAAGGAAGCAAGAUGAUGUUUGUAGCUUUGCUGUGAUUCCUCUGUGACCUUCUAAUGAAUCGAGUCAAUAAAGUUUGCUUUGUGUAAGUACAA